AUGCAGAGUUGCCACAGAAUAACUGCAAAUCUUUGUAGGUUACGUAUUUUUGGAAUGAAACAUAACCCUAGUGUUGUGAGAUUUUUUACUACUGAUAAAAUCGACACAACUGAAACAUCAGGAAAAUCGGAGGAAUUCAAUGAAAAUAAAGAAACUGUCGAACCUAAGGUUGAACUAAGUGGUUUUGCAAAGGCAUUUGCCAAAUUUUCCGAGGCAGAACCGCCAAAAAAGGAGGAAGUUCAAACUUUCGCAAAUUUACUGCGUCACUCCAAUUUUGUUGAUUUAGGUGAUCCAGAAGGCAAAAUCGUCCCAGGCAGAAUAUUCCACGUAGUUGGCGAUGAUUUGUACAUCGAUUUUGGUUGGAAGUUCCAUUGUGUUUGCACACGUCCAAUGAAGAAUGCAGAGAGUUAUGUUCGAGGCGCUUUGGUCCGAGUUAGGAUAAAAGACUUGGAAUUGUCCACAAGAUUUUUGGGAGCCACAAAGGAUCUCACAAUUUUAGAAGCAGAUUGCGUACUCACCUCAUUAAUUAGUACACCUAUGAAAAACGUUGCCGUAGAGGCUGUAGAAUAAUAAAGUUUUCUCUGUCUUAAAUAAAUAUUUGUUACUCGCA